AUGACUGAAAACCACCACGACAAGGGGGCACCAACUCAAAUCAACACACAAAAUGAGGCCGAUUCUUCUCAACCACCCAGCCCUCUACACUCUGGCAACCAACUGAAACACGGGGUGGAAGUUAGAGUGCCCACUCCCGAGGGCCUCAUUUCAAUCACCCGCACGCUCUCUGAGCCGACCAACCAAUAUGGUGAUGACAAAGAGAGAGCGCGGAACGAAGGCGAGGGCCUAACUCUCAAACACGAUAAGCCAACUUCAUUGGCUUUUCCGACCAUCGAGGAGAAAGGACACACUUCACCCUGCGGCGACAAUGCCAGCUUCCUCGAAGAGCCCCUAGAAUGCGUACGAUCUGCUUCUAUCGACCCCUCUAGCACAGCAUCCCCUCAACUUGGAGGGACAUCAGCGUCCUCUGGGCAACAGGUCCAUUUGCCUUCACGCGGAUACGACAGUCAGCACGCAUGGGAUGAGGUAGCCGUAGGGGAAAGAACUCAGAUAGACGCUGAAAGACGGACAUCUGAUGCAUCCUUCCAGCACGGUUCGGUCAGCCCCAACGGGCAGCAGGAGUCUUUGGAGUCGGAGCAGAUGAGUGUCCGGCAGCUAGCUUUGGCCCUCAAAGAUCUGAGUAAAAGUGGAAAGCUUCGGCAUCUGCGUCCACCCUGGCGUGAUCCCAACUCACGCCCUUUGCCUAGCGACGAAGAUCAUCUGAUGGAGAACAUGUUAAGGGACUACAACGAGCAGAUGUCGAGCUACCGAAAGGCAGACUGGCCUGCCGCCAACGUCGCUGUUCAUAGGCCUUACCACUCAACCCUAAACAGGUGGCGACAACAGGAACGAAUACAGUUUGAAAAUUUUGUGAGUUUUGCACCUUAG